CGACGACAAUCAAAUACGUGAAUAAAACCAAUGUCUUAAUAAAGUUAAAAAAAAAUUGAUUCUGCACAUGGAGCUAUAAACUAGACUUAGAGUACGCUCAUCAUCUUCACCCGAUCAUCCUGUCCAUAAAAUUUUGAUUAAUUGACUGACAAAAACGUUAAUUCGAUCGUAGUAAAAGGACAAACCAUAGAGACAGACAAAGUCCACUAUAGGAUUUUGAGUACACUAAUCUUUGAUUUAUUAAAAUAUUAAUUCAACAGCCUUUUGAAAAAAACUGGCCUCAAAGAACAGUACAGAUUUCGUGCACAUUUCACUCAGAUCGUUUAGAUGUUGAACAUGAAUACGUUAACUCCAUUUGCGUUUCUUUUACUCCUUGGGCUUGUCUUUGGCCAUGGAAAGCCAGAUGCCGACACUGAAAAGGAGCCUGUGAUGACCAAGGAAGAAAUUAAAAGUUUGAGACAAGCAUUAAAAGAAGCCCGUGAAAAACCCCAGGUGCCAUAUGUACUGAAGGAACUUACCAUUCCAGAAACUUUUGAAAAUGGUGAAAAGCCAAAGAUCUUUACAGAUGAGGAGCUAGCUAAACAUGACGGAUCUAACCCUGACCUUCCCAUACUGUUGGCUUGUAAAGGCGAGGUGUUUGAUGUCACAGAAGGAAAAGAUUUCUAUGGACCUGGUAACGCCUAUAAUGCAUUGACAGGAAAGGACGCCUCCAGGGCAAUAGCUAUGAUGAGCAUCGACGAGGACGAAAUGACGCCAGACUUGUCUGGAUUGACCAAUGCGCAGCUAGAGAUGCUUGAUAUAUUCUGGGAGGGCACCUACAAAUCCAAGUAUCCCAGUGUCGGAUUUACACAAAGACUAUAUGAUGAAAUUCAACAGAAGAAAAAGGAUGAAUUAUAAGUCAUUUGAACAUUGUCAAAAUAUACCAUCAUAAUGGUAUAUUAAAUACUUGUUAACGAUAACACUAUCUUUGUUUGUCAUUAUUAGAUUAACAAGACCAAAGCAAUGCACUAUAUUUUGGGUAAUCUCCAUUUUAAAGUCAGAACCGCUUUCUCUAUGAUAAUUGCAAAACGUACUAGACAACUUUAAAUAGAACUCUUGAUCAGCGCCAUCUAUUGACGAUCUUGAAGGCCAUUAAAACUAUUGACAUUUUACCUUUCUCUAAAUUUCCUUUAGAAGGAACACCCAAGUAUUGGCAUCAAUCAAUGACAUUCAUUGAUAUUGUUAUAAUAAUUUGUGGAGAGGCGUUUUCCCGCAAAAUCAGUUUAUUUAAUUUAAUAAUAAUAAAAUGCCCAUUAAAUCAUUAAUGGUGGCUGGCACAAGUGAAAAAUCCUAUUAGUAGAUUGUUGAACUUCAAUUUAUGAUCG